AUGUCUACUGGUGUGUCUGCCUGUAAGCACGCUCCCUCGGAGGGCAGCGGCGGGGCGAUUGUAAGGAAAGCGUUGCUGCUGCCUUCUGAAAUCCUCGUACUAAUAUAUUCCUCAACUUUUAUAGCUCGUUCGGUAGCCUGUGUGUCUAUUGGUGUGCCUGUGUUGUCAUGUGCCGUCUCUCGCGCGCGCCCCCCUGAGCUGGGUGCGCAACGCUUCCGUAACGCGUAUCCGCAGUCGUCGUUGUUUCCGCCGACAAAGCAGCGUCGGCAGUUGCAAUUUUAUUUCGAAAAUCGGCUCUAUUGGCCUCGUUUGCCGCAUAGGCUGUGUGUACCCGUGUCGCGGGCCUCCGCGUACGAGGUUGUCAACGGAGCAGGAGCGCUAGACGUUGUAGCCAGUGUUGGCUUCAACAUAGUCGUAGCAGAACAUGACGCGCCUGCUGCAGCAGGCGCCACAGACAGUUCUGCGGCGCCCAGGGACCGUGCAUCGCAACAGGGUCGUGAUCAAGCCUCGGGAAGGGGUGCGCCCAGCUCAUCGUAUUCGCCAGACGAUGCUCCCGCGGGGCAGGUCAGCGUGAAGUUCGACAUCUGGGACACUGCGGGCCAGGAGCGCUUCAAGAGUAUCGCACCCAUCUACUACAGAGGCGCGGCAUGCGCCAUCGUAAUUCUCGACGUUUCUUCAUCGCAGAGUCUCCAGCAUGCUACUUCGUGGGUGAAUCAGCUGCGAGUCGCGAACUCCAACGAGACCAUCGUGGUCCUGGUGGCCAACAAGGUCGACCUGCUGGGCACGAACGAGGAGAACGCACGCACGCUUGAGAAUGCACGUGCGUACGCAAAGGAACAGUCGCUCCUCUUCGUAGAGACCAGUGCCAAGACCGGGCAGAACAUCUCGGCGGUCUUCGAGAUGUUGGCUCAGGAGAUUUUGCGCAACCCCAAGCGCUUCGAGCACCCUUCCGCUUCGAAGGCGUCGAGGGCGCUGAAUGUGAACGAGUCGAGUUCGCGUAUGAUAAAAUUAAACUGCUGUGAUAGCGCGUGA